AUGUCUAUGUCGGAGAUUGAGACAGCUAUGCCGGAAUCGUCGGAUCGUCGUUUCGCCAAUCUCAGGGGAGUUCGGUGGCGUGUGAAUCUCGGAGUUCUUCCAUCUUGGUCUUCUUCAGUCGAUGAAUUUCGCAGAGCAACCGCCGAUUGUCGUCGCAGAUAUGCUCUUCUCAGGAGAAGACUUUUGAUGGAUCCACAUGUACUCAAACAUGAUAGAAAUUCCCCUAAUCUUUUCAUCGAUAACCCCUUGUCGCAAAAUCCGAAUAGCACAUGGGGUCAAUUCUUUCGUAACGCUGAAUUAGAAAAAACACUUGACCAAGACUUGUCGAGGUUAUAUCCAGAACACUGGUGUUAUUUUCAAGCGCCUGGAUGCCAAGGCAUGCUAAGACGCAUUCUAUUGUUGUGGUGCCUUAAACAUCCCGAGUAUGGGUAUAGACAAGGAAUGCAUGAGCUUUUGGCACCCCUCCUUUAUGUACUUCACGUUGAUAUCCUGCGCCUUUCUGAAGUGCGUAAAAGCUAUGAAGAUUAUUUUAAUGACAGAUUUGAUAGUUUAUCUUUUGAAGAAAGAGAUAUCACUUACACCUUUGAUUUCAAUAAAUUUCUGGACUCCAUGGAUGAUGAGACUGAUUUCCUGGGAUAUUCAAAGAAAACAAAAAAUCUAGAUGAUCUUGAUCCUGAAGUCCAGUCCAUAGUGAUGUUGUGUGAUUCUUAUGGUGCAGAAAGUGAGCUUGGAAUUGUCUUGUCUGAAAAAUUCAUGGAACAUGAUGCUUACUGUAUGUUUGAUGCUCUAAUGAGUGGGAAUCAUGGUUGUGUCGCCAUGGCCGGAUUUUUCGGUUACUCUCCAGCCAGCGGAUCCCACACCGGGUUACCUCCAGUUCUUGAAGCGUGUACUGCAUUUUAUCGUCUGUUGGCUGUCGUUGAUUCAUCUUUGUACAGCCAUCUAGUUGAACUUGGAGUUGAACCCCAAUACUUUGGUCUUCGUUGGUUGAGGGUAUUGUUUGGAAGAGAAUUUUUGCUUCAAGAUCUCUUGCUAGUGUGGGACGAGAUAUUUUCAGCGGAUAGUAACGUAAGAACGGAUACAAAUAAUGAGGAUAGCAGAAUCCACAGCUUCAGGAUCUUUGAUUGUCCUCGGGGAACCUUAAUCGCGGGAAUGGUUGUUUCAAUGAUAAUAUAUAUAAGAUCUUCCUUGCUUUCUACUGAAAAUGCAACAUGCUGUCUACAAAGACUAUUAAAUUUCCCGGAGAACAUCGACUUGAACAAGAUAAUACAGAAGGCCAAGCCGUUACAAGCUUUGGUUUUGGAUACUAAGAUGCGAUCAGCUUUGUCACUUAAUGGAGUUUUCAACCAGAGGAGUUAUAUACCUGCAAGAACUAAAAGUUUUCCAUCUGGCUCCACUUCCCCUAAAUCUCCUUUGAUUAUCGCACCUGAAAGCUAUUGGGAGGAGAAGUGGAGAGAACACAAAGCCGAAGAAGAAGAAAGGCAAAUUGGCUCGGAGAUACAGAGUCCUCCUACACAGAAGAAAAAGAGGUGGUUGAAGGUUACAAAACUUUUCCGAGCAGUGACUGAUCUAGCAUAUCAUAAGACAGCAUUGCAAGUGACACAAAGUUUUCUUGAAGAUUUAUCUCAGCAGCGAAGUCCCGAACUAGUGGAAGUUAAUGCAAGCAGUACUUUGAUAGAUGUUGAUUGUCCCGUGACUGUGAGCAAGGAAGAAGACGCUUCUCAAGAAACUGAGGAAGGCAUUAUGGAUUUCCAUUCUGCAGAUGAAGACAGUUUAAUAAGUGGAGAUGCAUCCAGUGAGGAGAAUUCAUCCAUCUUCUCAGAGCCAACCAGUAUUGUCAGAGAUUCAAACUACAUCGAAAACGAUUCAGAUAGCAGUACUGGGUCAAAUUUGUUUCCUGAUGAAAACGAUAAAAGCGUAGAUUCAUCCAGUGAAGAGGAUUCAUCUGUCUCCUCAGAACCAACCAGUCCUGCCAGAGAUUCAAAUUACAUUGAAAAUGAUUCAGAUAGCAGUACUGAUUCAAAUUCGUUUCCUGAUGAAAGCGAUAAAGGUCAACAAACAAGCGUAGUUUCACCUCUUUGUAAUGAAGACGAUUCCACAGAUUUAUCUGUGGGAAUUACCAAGGAGCAGAAGCUUUUACCAGGAAUAUUCCAGUGGUUUUGGAAUUUUGGACGCAAUUUAUCCAGUGAGGAGACUUCUAAUCGUGAUGCCACAAAAACCAACGGUGUUGAAAGUAUCAAGGGUUGCUAUUCUGAGUCCCAUCCUCAAGCUUUAUCUUCUGGCAGCAAUGGAGACUCAGAUCAGAAUCUGGUGAAGACUCUGAAGAACCUUGGCCAGUCCAUGCUCGAACACAUUCAGGCAAUCGAGUUGGUUUUCCAACAAGAACUUGGUCCAGUUCAGGCAGGAUUUAUAGGGAACUUAGCUAAAACCAGUUUGAUCGAACAUGGACAAAUCACAGCUACAACAGCACUUAAGGAGCUUCGGAAAAUCAGUAAUUUGUUGUCUGAGAUGUGA